UAGGGACACCGGCUGUAAAUUUAUAUACAUGUUAAGGGGACCUGUAGAAUAAGGGGACACCAAACCGGGUUCCCUAAUAUUCAUGCUUAAUUUGUAUGCCAAAUCAACCUUGAUUAAUAGUAAAUUGUUAAUUGCCUUAUAAUUAAAGACAUAUCCUUACUGUAGCCUGUUAAAAUUUUUUGUUCUGUUGCAUUUUAAAGAUUUAAAAGGUGCCACAAUCAUUGACCACAUAUAUGUCAAAAUACAUAAAAAUACGCAACAAGGGUACCGCGGAAAUUCGACGAUUUCUCCCAAUUUUGCCAUGUAUGUAGUUAAAAUUUUUAAAUCAUAAGUCACAGUGGUCAUUUUGGAAGGUUUUUGGAUGGUUUAUUUCGUAAUAUGAAAACACAUAAAAAAUCGAAUUUUUACCUCACCGUGAAGAAUUCAAUUUUGUCUACGGACAUUAUCAUCCGGGUACUUCGUACAUAAUCCGGGGAUUUCCAAAGAAAAAUGGCAUCUUGCAUUUUCAAUGUCACCGGUCACAAGAGAAGGCGACUGUCACCAGAGGAGGAUGCUAAAAUUUUAUAUUCGGUCUGGUCUAGAUAAAGACGGAUUUCAAGUUAAAUACAUUUCUGAUUUCGAAGAUAGUGACUCGGAUCCAUUUGACUUAAAUGAGUCAUCUUUGGUGGAAGAAUCAUAUAGCGAUAGUCUCUCCUCUGUAGAUGAAAUUCUAGAGUCAAAAGAGAAGAAAAACCCAAGGACUGUGAAGUGGUCAAAGGAAGAUACAGCAGAUUUGAAAUCUCAUUUUAGAAAGUACAUAUUUACUCAGAAAGACAAUAACACAGGGAAUCUACCAUGUAAGAAAGAAAUUGAGGACUUCCUGAAGACAAAUAAUAUAUCAUCAUUAGAUGGUCUUCAUAUGAAGACAACAAUUUCCAAAGCCAGAACAAAGAUUUUUAAUGAGAGAAAAACGGCGAGGCUAAGAACUUCCAAAAAACUCGCAGAGUUGGAGUUGGUGGCUAUAUGAACAAUUUAGAAAUGAACAUGACUUGUGAAUAUGCAUAUGAAUAGUAUGUAGUUUUCUAGUCAGAUAUUAGCAAUUAGUACAUCUCAUGGGGGAGUGGUCACGAUUUUGGUCAGAUUUUUAUUUUUGUAUUUUUUAUUGUUUAUAAUGCAUUAGUAUAAUGCAUUUCUAAUGACCAACCACAAUUUGAGUGUUAGUUGUAGUGUUAUUAGCCAGAUGCAGAGCUUCAAUUCUUUGUUUUGUAAGAAGGCUUGUGUCUUAUUUUUUUAACUUACAUUGGUUCAAUACACCGGUAAAAGUUCUUUUUCAAGCUGAUUUUUUUUUAUCUGCUUAUUUGUUUUGUACAUCAAUAAACAGCUCCUUGUAUUUGUCAAAUUCAUUUCAUGUCUUAACCUGGAAUUUCAAAAUGUGAACAAACACAUGGCACAAGUCUUGUUUACAUUACUUAUGUUACCCUUGUGUCAACUUUUUGUUAAAUGACGACUGUUUAUUUUUAGCUUAAAUUUUCAAACAAAUUUUUGUCAAAAAUUUUUCGGCACCUAUUAAUAGCAGAGGCUUAAAAUUUUAACCUCUUUGUGUAGGCAUUGCCAUAUGAUGGGAUCCAUUUAAAAAAAAAAUGAUGUCAACUCCCUGUGAAAUAUCGACUGCAUAUUUUGUAUAUUCAGAUCAGAGCAGGGGUAUCACUUUUGAGUAUUGGCUCACAGAUAUCUUGUUUGUUUGUAAUGAAUUGACCUUUAGAAUUUUGUUUCUUUUAAAAAAAAAUUGAUAUUUGUUGUUACCAAGAAUAAUUGCAGAUGUAACCUGUACAUCCCUAUAGAAAAGAUCUGUGUUGCAAAAUGUUACAUAUUGCAAAUAACUUGAUGCCUUUUAUGUUAAAGGGGCAUGGUCACGAUUUGGCUCAAAAUUAAUUUUUCUCUUUUUAAUGUUUACAAUUACUUAAAUAGGCAUUUCUAAUAAUCAACCAAAAGUUUGAGUGUCAGUCGUGAAGUCAUAAGCGAGAUAUAGAGCUCACAAUUUUGAUUAUGUAACCAAAGCUGAGGUCAUGAUUUUGAUUACCGGUACAUUUUAAAUGUUGAGGAAAAAUGUCAGGUUUAGACCAAAAAUGAAUGUUACAAACGCUAGGAACUGUUUCUUUAAGUUAAAAACGAAUUAGUAAUUAGAAAACUCAGCUAGAAAAAGAACCUUUGCCGGUAUAUUGAACUUAUGUAAACAAAAACAUGGCAUGAGCCUUAUUUCCAUUAUAUUUUAUUGAAAAUGACAGUUUGAAACAUGAGUUUUCAUAGUGUUCAUAGCCCCACCACACCGAAUCAAACAAAGCUGUUUUUAUGAAGCAUCAAUAAAAAUAUUUAUAUCUUGAAUUUCAUAAUCCUGUAGGCACCUUGCAUGUACAAGAUCUUGAUCUUAAAGAAGCUUUGUUUAAUUUUCUUUUAAAGUAAGUUAUGAUAAUGUCGUGUGUUGGAAAAGGUGCAUAUAUAGAAUAAAUUUAAACAAAAACAUUGAAUUAUUGUGAAAUUGUCUACUGAAGAAUUGAAUGAAAUAACUCUGAUUAAAAGGACAUUGAUUUAAGUAAUGAUGUAAACUUAUGUAUUAGAUUACUAGUUUGAUGAAACAACUCAUCAAUUUUCUGAAUUUGAUCCUAUGAAAUAUUGAAAAAAAGUUAAAGUAUUAAAUAUUAAUGAUGCACUGAAGAUGAAUUACAUUUUUGUUCUGAACUUGCUUUUAAGAAUUUAAGUCUUAAUUUGUUCAAUGAGUAAAUAAAUUAGAUUGUAAUGAUAUUUGGAUUACAUUUAUAUAUACUGUGGUUUCAUCAAUAUUCGUUGAAUACCAAUUUUCGUGGAUUUCGUUGUUAAGUUUAUCCAUGAAAUUAAAAGUACAUUGAAGUGCAAUUUCUACUAAUAAUUGUUAUUGACAGGGUCAUUGGCCACGAAUUUACGUAUCCUUGAAACUGUGAUUUUCACUUUAUCCACGAAAAUUGAUAUCCUUGAAUAUUAAUGAAACCACAGUAGUAGAUUAUGCAAUAAUGAAUUACUUUUAUGAUCAUUUGAUUCUUAACUUUAAAUGGAUGUUUAAUUUAAAACUUGAUUGUCUUCUGAACAUCAUAUUAUUUAGUUUUAACACAGUCUUGCUCAACUAAAAGUGCAAAGUGUUGAAAAAAAAGUUUGGUUAAGAAUCACUUUUAACUGACAGACUGCAUUAUAUUUGCUGAGUUAAAAAUUCAGCCUUGAGCUAUGAUUGAAUGUAGACUGGUCAUUCAAGGGAGAAAUGAAAGACAUUGACUAAAAUGCUCCACAUUGUUGUAAUUCUCUUUGACUUUUGCUCAAGAAUUUUUGAAAACAGUACAAUUGAUGUUUUAAUUUUUAUGUUGUUUUUAAAGAAAUGAAUAAUAAGAUGGAACAAAUUGAAUUUUUCCUAUGAAAUUGUUUGAAUAUGUAAUAAAAGAAUUUUAGAAAGCCCAA